GGAAUGACAUUCCAGGUGAGCCAGAACUUCCAUCCUGAGUGUGAGGCUGCUGUGAGCCAGCUGGUCAAUUUGGAGCUCUUUGCUAGCUAUGUCUACCUUUCUAUGGCCCUUCACUUUGACCGUGAAGAUGUCGCCUUGAGCCACGUGGCCCAGUUCUUCAGGGAACAGUUCCAGGAAGAGAGGGAGCAUGCCGAUAAGUUCCUGAGAUACCAGAACCAGCGAGGAGGCCGCAUUGUCCUGGAGGACAUCAAGAAACCCGACCAGGACGAGUGGGACAACAGCCUGGAUGCCAUGCAGGAAGCCCUGCAGCUGGAGAAGCAAGUGAACCAAGCUCUCCUGGACCUCCACUCACUAGCCACAGAGAAGGCAGACCCCCACCUGUGUAACUUCCUGGAGUCCGAAUACCUGGAGGAGCAAGUGAAGGCCAUCAAGAGGCUGGUAGACCACAUCACCAACCUGAAACACCUGGGGGUGCCCCAGAACAGCAUGGGGGAGUACCUGUUUGACAAGCUCACCUUGGGGGGAGAGCAGGAUCGCUCGGCUGCGUUCCUCCGCUUGCGCCCGCCUGCCGCCGCCACGCCACGCCGCCACGCCGUCCACACCGAAUCGAUGCUCACCGCCGCCGUCAUCACCGCCGCCGCUGCCGCCGCCGUCUUCAAUCGACCAUUCAGGAGAAUUUGGAAACCAUACAGUACUGAGAAAGAUGUCGUUUACAUUUUGCUUUUAACGUCCCGGUGA